CGAAAUCACCUUUAUAAUACCCCGCAUAGUGAAAGUUUCGUCUGUGCUCCGAGAGAUAUACGCCGUCCGGUCACAGCGAGACUAUCCGAUUUUCCAUAGCUUAUCGCCAGGCGGCCAAGGACGAAUCGUUCGAUCUAGCUACCCAUGCUCUUCCGCCACUCUAUGAUUUCCCGUCAACUUGCAUGAGUCGGAGAAUAGGACUAUCGAGGAGUUCUACUCGUCCAGGAGGACGACGAUCUACACCUGCGAUGCCCGAAUCCCAAGAGUCUACCCAACAGCUAAGCCCUAAAGUCCGGCCUGGUAUCCCCAUCUCUGAUCAGCUGGAUCCGCUCUCAUGUUUGACAGUAGAUCAUGAAGUACCGAGUUUGGAGUUACCAAAAUUUAGCGUUGGUAGAGACGUAUCGCCCCUGAACGAAAGCGUCAAGGAGUAUGCCGACGAGACACAAGAAGGCAAUAUUAUCUGGACGGAUAUGGAAAGUCAGUCUCUGGCUGAUCGGAUAUCUGUCAAAGGGAAUGAAGAAAUCUCAUCACUACUAUUAGAGGAUUCUGGAAAGCAGCUGGCUAGUAGUGCGGCCUUCCAGUCACUCCAGGCCAUGGAUUCAGGUGAUCGGGCGGACUCCACCAAAAAUAGCACCAUAACCCAGUUUGCUGCUAUUGAAUCUCAGGAGCGUCCCCUAAGCAAAAUUGUACCGGUUGGUUCAUCACCGCAAGCCAUAGAGCAGGACCAGUCACGAGAGUUUGUUAUGGUGCCGGACACUCAACAUGAUGUCGCUACUGCGGAUGGCAUAUCACCUUCAUUUAUCCCGUCAAAUAGCCUAUCCAAAUCAUUUCAGUUGAGAUCUAACAACCUACGAGAACCACUUGGGAACGAGGUUAACCUCCAAGAAGAAAAAAGGCUGUUCAUUAGCGUAGAGAAGCGACCCAAAAUAUUUACGUCUGAACCGUCCCAAUCCAUAUCCCCUCGAAAACUAGAAGGCGCGUCUCUCUUCUCCGCAAAUGGACCAGGUGGACGCCAGACAAUGUCUCCCAUUUCGAAACAUUCUUCUGCGAAAGGUCUUUCUGGCCUAGAAAAUCCAAGUCGUUCACGAUCAAAAAGUCAUGUUCAAGCUUCUCCUUCAGACGAACCCGUUGCAUCUCGGCGGAAGAACGAGACGAAGGAACCCAAUCUUAGCGAGGAAAGUUUUGCUGUCGAUUCAAUACCGAUCAAGCAUCCCGAACCUUUGGACGUGAUAGCGAAUUUGUUGAGGCAACAUUCAGAAGAGAUGAAAGGAAAGGCUGAGAAAUUGAAGGACGGUAAGAAGGGGCCGACAAGCAAGUUUGAACUCAGCGAGAAGCAAGGAGACGAACUCUUUCACAGGCAUGAAAAGACGCGGAUCGAAAUGUCAGAAGGAAAGGAAUUUGAAGUUCCUCAGUCGGCAGCGAGAAUUUCGCCUAAUCGACUCCGCACUACCAUUGUCGAUCACGAUGACAGUCCCGGCUCAUCUUCUUCUUCACAAAGGACAAAUGUCACAUUUCAUAGCUCACAUUAUACUGCGCCAUUGGAACAAUCCGAACCUUCCGUCAAUGUACCGAGGCAAAUCAACCACACAAUUGAUCAGCAAGACGGGGUUGCUUCACAAUCAUGUCAUCCUCUGCGUUCAUCGCCCUCGUGUCACGGCGAGCGGUUCAGAUCAUUUGCUGAACAAGGGUAUCUGUUCGAUGAGAACAGACUUUCUACCUUUGAUGAGGACUUGUUUUCGUCUUCUCAAGUUGUUGAUGGGGGGUUGGAAGUGUCUGAGGAUGCAUUCAGCCAGAGAUCAAAUAUUUUCCAAGCAACUCAAGUAAUCCGCCAGCCCUCUGGGCCUUUAUGUGAGGCAGAUCUGUCCUCGCCGGCAGCGAUCAUAAGUCCGAGAGGCUUGGCGCCAACCCAGCGUAGUUCACCCGAUACCCCAGAAAACAGUCAAACCCUAAGAACGACCGUGACCAAUUCAAUACCACUUCAUUCAUCACCUAUUUCUGCUUCAGUGCCAACAUCAAAACCACCAAUUCCUUCGAUCCCUCCUCAUCGCUCCCUCGCUUAUAAUUCUCGACGGUUUACCGCUCAAGUAUCAACGGAAGACAACGGACGCUUCGACAUCCCUCGAUAUCGGCAACUUCAGAGACGCGCGGCUAGCCGUAUACAGUUGAAUGACCAACUGAUGGAGCCACUUGCUUCGGAGAUCACGGGCAGCCCUGUGGGCCUGUGUGAGGGAUCAAUACCUGCGCACAGUGAUACUAAUACUGCUCCUCAACCAAUACAGUCGCCACAGAUGGGACAUUGCUCGCCAAACAAAUUCCGGAGGUCCCAGGACAUUGAGGUAGUGAACGAACAUGAACCUUCAGCCACUGUUGAAUCGGAUGUACAAACGACAGGCGACGAUCAGUCUAACCUGCGUCCUGGUCGAAUCAAUCGACAUUCGCCAUUUUCACCCCUUCCUCGAUCCCACUUGUCAUCCAAAGCAGGCCUGUCACCCUUGAGCAAUAACCGUAUCUCAGCUUCCAAUACGUCCAAUCAUCUUCUACCGUCUGAAUCUGAUACCCAUGAUGACCCCUCGAAUCCUUUCCUUUCAACUUACGAGAUAGUUCCCGGGCCUUACGAAAGAAGAGUCCGAAAGAAGCGCGAAAUCUUUUCACCUGCGACAUGCUCGGUGGAUCGCCUAGAGGUUACUUCCAUAAGAAGUCCGUUCAAGGUCGAGGGGAUUGACGAAGAAAGUGAUAGUAGUUCAACACCCGAUGACCCCGAUGAUUUCUCUUAUCGACCCGCAGUGAAAACUGCUAGAGUCUCAAGAGGCACUGGGAGGCGUGGGAGGCGAGCGAGUACCUCCAUCGCUUCAGCUUUUUCAGAAUCAAAGCAGAUGCGUGUCCCCUCAACAAGUCCGCUUUCAACAUUUUCUGACUCUGACAAAAGCUUGACUCCUGAUGAUGAAAACGAUGUGACUACCCGCCCUUUGAAAAAGCAGAAGUUACAUAAUGCGGAAGCCAAAGGGGCGAAGACCAGAACCACCUCCGCUACACGGACAAAUCUUUCAUCGAAAAAGAAAGCCAGACAUCUUAUUGGGAAGUCUCGAGCAGCAACACCACCUGUCGUUGAGGAUGUCAAUCGGGUGCUUGCAAGCUAUGGUCAUUAUUACUACCCAGCUCGCAUUAUCGAGCCUAGUGGAUUACGGUACAAAGUGAUAUAUGAUGAUAAUGAACACCGAGAGUGUGCGCCCGAUAAGCUUCGGAAGCUGAUUUUGAAAAGGGGUGACAAAUUGGAGGCAUACGGAAGGCAUGAUUUGCCAACCAAGAUGGAGGUUCUCUUGGAUUGGGAUGGAAAUGAGAGAGGAGUAAAGUGCGCCAGUAAUGGCACGAUGUUGGGCUUUGUAAAGCUUCGAUUCAUCCGCAUUCGUCAGCAGAUAAUCAAACAGCAAUUUAAUGAUAGGUUAUUCGCCCCACAAAUAGGCGCGAAGUCCCCCACUAGGUCCAUCCUUCGCUCCCCUGUCAAAAACUUUGUGCCUCUGGUAUUUGAAGGAAUGAUUUUUCUAAUUCUGACAGGAGUCGAGGAAAACUCUGUUGAGUACGAGUCUAAGAGUUUAUCAAAAUUGAUUGAAAUUCGCGGUGGGAUAGUAGCGAAAGACUGGACGCAAAUAUUUGAGCCAGAUUUGCAUCGUGGACAUUUCAAAAGGAACUUGGGUCGAACGCCUUUCGUGAUACCUACUGGCACCAGACCGCUGAUGACCUCUACGUUCAUGGUGGCAUUGGCGAAAGGGAUACCUGUGUUGUCUGUCAAGUAUGUAGACGCCGCCAUUGAAGAAGGAGAAGCCAUUGACUGGCAUCCAUAUCUAAUAUCGUCGGGUUACUCUUGUUUCACCGGACAAAUGAUGUCACAGAUUGUCGACACAUCAUGGGGGACAAAGAACUGGGAUGCAGUCAAGGCUGGGCACCUACUGAAACCUUUCAAGGGGAAAAAAGUACUUUUCAUACAGCCCAGAAAUUCUCUCAGUUCCCUUCUAACUCUAUGUUCAACAUGUCUGGGUGCAGAAGAGGUGCGAGUUGUAGAGAGAGUUUCUGGGAAAGAGCUGGAUGUUAUCCUCGAUCCCAAAUGGGACUACUUGGUUAUCGACAAGAUGGGGAUUCCUAGUGCCUUAAAAGGGUGUAAGAAAGUUGCGAACGUGCAGUGGCUAAAGCAAUGCCUGGUAAUGGGGAAAGCUCUACCUCCCUUAUUGACAAGUCAAGAUGAACCGGAAAAAGGAGCCUCCAAGAUCAAAAAAGAGACAAGCAACAAGGGAAAUGCAAGAAAGAGAGUUAAUCAAAGUACAUAAUUGUGAUUUCAGCAACGAAGAUCUCUUUUUGCUUGCCAGAAAAUAAUGUAACUGCGAUUUUACUCGCUUCGCCCGCACCUGUAUACAGUAUCCACUUUUUACAGCAGAUAGCUACUUUUGACUGAACCAACAGCAGCACUUCUAAACUACGUCGUAACAAUGAAUGCAACGUCGA